CCGCCCGCAUCACCCACUUCAAGUGAUCAUCAUGGUCAGCGGUCGCCCCAAAACCGACAAACGUGCGCACAAGCGUGCGAGGAAAGAAGAGCCGCCGUUCAGCACGAGGCUGCCGAGGACAGCGACAAUACCGUCCCUUCAUCUUCUGAGGCACUUCCGGACCAACCGGUUCCUGCAAUGCAGGAAUUUGAUAUCAUUGCAAUCCUCGAGAACAGCGCCCUCGCCGCCAAGGUCGACGACCAAGCAAUCACUUUGAAAAACCAAGCUGCCACCCUCAACGGCCAGGCCAUCAUCAUCAAGAAGCAAGCCAACGUCCUGCAGCGUUUUGAGAGAAAACUCGAAACAUUGGCCGAGGACACCAGGGCCGCGGUUGAAACCGCCAAUGUUGUCCAAGACCAGAUCGGCCGUUACGUGGGCCCUGUGGAAAAGCAUGGAAACCGCCUCAGUUUCCUCGAGGCCAAACAAGAGGGCGGCGGCAACUUCAUGCUCGCUUGCCUGCAGAGGAUGGACGAGUUUACCAGCGAACUGAAGGCCGUGCGUGCUGAAUUGGCCGCGAGCAAGCAAGAGCUGGCAACCACCCAGCAAGAGUUGGCGGCAACAAAUAUCGAGUUGGUGGAGAUCAACUUGGAACUGGCCGCAACUAAAGAAGAAUUGGCGGAUAUGAAGCGGCAUGUCAAUGCGCUUCAGGCUGUUGCUCUCUUCGACAAAAAAGACGCCUGAACAGUUGAGUUGACCGGUUGCAGUGUUGUUUUACCUUGUUUUUUUUUUGAAUCGGUUGUCUAGCGUCACAUUUGCAAGAGAUACCCAGUCAUGUUUUCUUUCCAUUGUACCUCUUAUGAGCGGCAGUCAAGCGAAUU